UUGGAUCAGGUAAACAAUUUUAAAAAUCUGCAGUCAUGGUGCGUUGUGGGGCGAUCCUGCGACUUCUCAUUUCGAUUUAUCUGGUUAAUUAUGUGAACGGACAGCUAAUAUCGGGGAACGUUUUACAAAUUCUGCAGCGGACAACUGGAUUUUCUAAGUUUGCUCAGUUGGUGGUCCGGGCCCAGUUAACCCGCCUCUAUGAAUCUCCGACCUCACUCACGUUGUUUGCGUUUAAUGACACCGCCUACAACAAUUUGCCGUACAAAGAACGCAAUGUCAUCGAUAGCUACACCGAGAAAGACCACGCGGACUACAUCAAGUUCUGUACCAUCCCCGGAAAUCGUCUACAAACCAGUGCGAUCCUGGACAACCAAUACGUGCGAAGCAGCGAUGCGAACGGUGACCGCCUCUUUUUCAAUCGCAUCCAACGGCUGGACACGUAUACGGAACCCGCCUCACUUCAGGUGAAAUGAGGGACAAUUUGCAAUUGCGAAGCAUGGACUCCAACGGUGACAAGUUAUUUAUAAAUCGUAAAUACAGAUCGUUCACAGUAAGUCCCAGGCGUUGUUUACUUAUUCUGCAUGAGGUGGGGACUUCCAUAUAUAGUUUUUUGUCUGCUCUUUGAUGCAACACACACUAUUUACGCAUUCAAUUAAUUGAUGCAUUUCGAGCACUUAGGCCAUUUAUGAAAAAUUGUUUGUGUACCCUCUGCUAGCUUUAUCACUGUUUAAACUUCAAGCAGAAAGAUAGUAAAUAUUGGGUUGUUUUUUUUUUUAAGUUGAAUAAUCAUAAUAUCAUUUCGUUCAGAAGCCAUUUCAUUCAGGUAGAAAAUUGAUAAUCAGCAAACAAUUUGUAUCUUAACACAAUAAAUGUCAAAAAAAUUUAUUAAAUUGUAUACAUAAAAGGGUACUUUUCAAGCAAACAAUUUUUUAUAGAUGGCCUUUUCUGGCCAUAGGAACUAUUUUGUUAUAUAUCUAGCAACUUUGGUUGUCUUAAAAGAUAAGUUGUUUUCUGUUACUAAUGAAAAUCUAUUAGGACUAAUUUAAUUCAAUCUCUUUAGAUAUAUAUACUCUGUCCACGGUUUUUUUCUCCAGCACUCUUGGUUUGAUGUUUAGAUUCCUAAAUACUUCUGUCUUAAAACAGUUGUACUUUGAUUCCUUGUAAUGAAAAAAAAGUUACUUCCUCGAAACAAACGCAGCUAGCUUUUUCUGACUUAGUUGAACAAAUCUUAAAAAUCUUUGGGGAUUUUUGAAUUGCCUGAAACAUGUGAAAUGUACAUUUAAUUGAUUUAGACAUUGCAUCCUCUAAAAUUGUUCCCAGUUUUUAUAAUGUUCACAUCAACAUGAAUAGAAAGAUUAAUAUAUCUCUUUGUUUAGUGGCCAGC